CAUCUCCGCACCCGAUGCCUCCAUGGGCGGUUCUAGCACCGCGACAAACGAGUCUCCUCGUCUCCCGACCAAUUGACCGUCUUCCAUCACUGCUGUCCUUCCGCCACCGCAGCAAUGUCUCCACACGCACCCACCCCGGUCAUAAACGCAUCUCUCUCCAAGACCUCCGCACUCGCGCCCGCCUCGCAUCCACGCACGUCUCUCCUACAGCAGUAAAUGUGCGUCCACAUAUCCCUGCCCAGAACCAAGAGCUAUACAAUGCCCUUUCAAAUCUCAGUAGCGUCGCGGAAUCGUACGUCAACAUCAGCAGAGUGCAAUUGGCACUGCGGGGCCUAGCUGCCAGAGAAUCAGUCACACGCGUCGCAGUGCUAUCGCUCAAUGACCAGCGCAGCGCGCAGAAGCUUGCCCGCUUGCUCUUCGCAGAUCCCUUGGCUGAGGAAGGGAAGUGGGAGAAGGAGCUUGAGAAGCGCGUGGAGUCGGAGGGUGGAGACGAGACCGUUUUGUUGAGGUAUGGCGAUGAGAACGAACCGGCCCCACCCAGUCCGCUUUAUAAGAUCGUCCACAUUCCAUCGAGGGUGCUGCAGAAACAUAACAUUGAGGUUCUGGUGUCAACGCUGAAUGUAAAUGUCUCAGAUAUUCCUGCUACAUCAGUGUCGGAGAGUUCAAAGGAAGCGGUGCUGGUUCCCAAGCUACAGGCCACCUCUGCAAGGGGGCUUCCUGUACCGUACCCUGUGCACAAAACGGUUGUGCUUGGUGAGGGCAUUGAGAGCGCCGUUGCAUUUGGGAGGUUUACGUCUGAUUUGAAUGGUGAAGCGGAGGGUAUGGUCAGAGUGGCUAUUGAACUGCCGCCGCCGGAGAAAGAGACGGAAGUGGAUGGAGAAAGCUCAACGUCGAUGGUCAAUGUACAGAUUGCUACGGAAGCCCUGGAUAUAUUCCGGAAAUCUCUCGCAAAUGCAACACGAUACGAGCAAGGCUGGUUUAGGAGCGGGCUACCGGGACUCUCACAGUGGCUCAUUCGUGACCUCGAGCCAUCAGGACAGAUCAGCCCCAUCACGAGGAAGUUUGUACAGUCCAUCGUCGACGAUGUUGAAGCGGCUAUCACCAGAGAAGAUGCUCAGCAGAUCAACACUCUUCUGGCUGCAAGGACCCCGGAGCAGACAACUGCAGCAACGAUACGGCACUUGGAGGAGUGGGCUGAAAAAUCGCACACCGAGCUCCGUGACGAACUCGACGAGGCCUUCGCGGCACGCAGCUGGCACAAGCUUGCCUGGUGGAAACUCUUCUGGAGGGUCGACGACGUUAGCAUGAUCACAAGCGAAUUAAUAGAGCGGCGGUGGCUCACCUCUGCUGAGAAGAGUGCCGUCUACCUCGCUGGUCGCAUGAAUCAAGCUGGUUUUCCCGAGAUGAUCCAACAAUUCCCAAUAACCAGCUCAACAUCCUACCAUCCCUUGGAAGACCCAGCCUCACCCGUUGUUCCACCCCCAGAAGAACCGCACCUCUCCCCCAAAGAAAAUCUCAAUAUCUCAACAGAAGUGCACGAACCCCAACCCUGGCCGAACCAAAUCGCUGCAUCGCGCAAGUCUCUUCUCGAAGAUACCAUUCCAAACCUGCAAGCCCUCGCCCAACGCCUGGUUCUCACGACUCUCUCAACAACCUCGCUCUCCUCUGCCGUGUCCGCCCUCCUCUACAUUUCCAUGCCCACCUUCUCCGUUUUCGAAGCCGGCGUCUUCGCCGCGCUUGGCCUUGUCUUCUCCCUCCGCCACAUGCAGAAACUCUGGGAAGGCGCGCGAUCACUCUGGCGCGCCGAAGUGACUGAAGAAGGACGUAAGACUCUCAAGCAGACCGAAGAAUUGGUCCGCCUGAUUGUGCGAAGCACCAGUGAAGGAAAGGUUGUCAGUGAAGACGAAGGUGUGAAAGAGCGACGCGCAGCCAGAAACACCGUUGCCAAGGUGAGAGAAGUUCUUGCCAAAUCUUCUCCCAACAAGAUCGGAUGAGUCUGUUGGAGACAUGUAUUUCUAGUCCUGUGAUUUUAAUCAUGCAUGGGGUAGCUACAGCUUUUAUUUAGAAGCAUAUAUGUAACAUAGAUCGUUGAGAAAGUUCUUGAACGAAACGGCCGCACAGCUAAUCAUGAAUUCUGGUUGCC